CAACCCUCCUAGCAGCCAAUCCAGCACAAAUGCUGAGGCGUGACCCGAUAGCCUGUAGGCCUACCUCACCUCGGUCCAUAGUGCGGUGGAAAUGGCAAGGGCAAGUCCGAGGAGAUGUCUUCUAUGGUCAUCCUCGGCCUAUCCUACCUCGCACCGGCCUGUCAGAUUAAAUCGCUUGUCCCACGCCAUGUUACCCGUGUUCAUGACAUCUUCGACCCUGGACCGAGUCAUCUGCGCCAGAAGCCAGGCUUGGCCAACCAUCUUGGCCGCGCACCAUGCAAUGAUUAUCCCGGCAUUAGCGUGCAGACGGGUGCUUUAAUCUUUGGUUGAAGACCGUCCAAUCACAGUUGGAAGGUGGGAAAAACUACGGCGGCAACCUUGGACAUUCGUCAAGAGGUUUCCUCUGAGGUA